UUGCCGAGUGGUCUAUUUGAACGCUCUUCAAUGCGAAGAUCCUUCUAGUUUGCUAGAUGUAAACUAAUAUAUAGUAAUAUAAGAAUUUAAUAUUAAUAUUUACUAGAUCUUAGGCCUACACGUUUUUCAUCUAUUAAAUUAAUGCCAAAACGCGGCUAUGAGAGAGGGGAUGAAGAACAACAUUAUGAGAGAAAAAAACAUAGAACCAAUAACCCAGAAGAUAUUCCAAAUCUACAUACAAUUUUUAAUGGAGAGGUAGCCAGUGUACAGAAUUAUGGAGUAUUUGUUAAAAUACCAGGAUGUAAAAAACAGGGUUUGGUUCAUAAGUCUCAAAUGUCAAAAAGUAAAAUUGAAGAUCCAUCUGAGAUGUUGUCUGUAGGAGAAACAGUUUACUGUAAAAUAAUAUCAAUAGAGAAUGAUAAAGUUGCUUUAUCUAUGAAGAUGGUGAGUCAAACAACUGGGGUAGAUUUAGAUCCAAAUAAUGUAGAACUCAGUUUAGACGAAAAAAAGAGAAGACAGUUUUUUAAGAAAGAAAGAGAAAAGAUAGAACUUGGUGCUGUAUUAAAUACAACUUGUCGUAGAUGUGGUGGACAUGGUCAUUUUGCUCAAGAUUGUUAUGUUAUUAAAGGCAAUAAACGUUAUGAUCUAGUUCCAGAAAUAAACGAGGCUGACAUACUUCCAACUUCUCAAUCACCCCAAAAAUCAGACACGAAAAAAAAGAAAAAAAAGGAAAAGAAACAUAAAAAAGAGAAAAAGAAGAAAAAAGUGUCUAAUCCAGGUAGUGAUUUAGAUCACAAUAGAAGACAUAAAAAGAAGAAAUCACACAAAAAAGAUCAAAAGAAAAAAUGCUACAGUAGCUCUAGUGAAGGAUGAGGUGUGAGAAUCAAUGUGAUGGGAUAUUUUUUUUGUACUAAAUUUAUUAUUUUUGGCAAUAUCAACAUUGAAAGCAUUGAAGAACCAAACAUUGCCAUUCUGUAAUGUUUGAAAAUAAUUGAAGGAUAUAAAGUGUGAUGAAAUUAUUAUAUGUAUGUAAAUGAAUUUUUGACUUUGUUAUGAAUCCUUGUUCCAUUUUUAUACCCCAACAUGGAAAUGUGAUUGUAUAUUGGUGUCGCCUACGACCAUCCGUAAGUCCAUCCGUGCCACAAUUUCUUGAACACUCUACAGCUUACAUUUAAUAUCUGAUCUUUUUGAAAUUUAUAUAUGUUUACAUUAGUGAGACAAAGAAACCUAUUUAAUUUCAAUAAUUUCCAUUAAUUACUUCUAGAAUUAUAGUAGGGUUUGGACAAAAACUAUUUUAUUCUGAAUUGAUUUACUGGAAUCAAUUUUUCUUAGGCGAAAUAGACUUUUCUGGUUGGGGCCUGAAACUUUUUCAAAAUGGCGGCCAAGAAUCACGAAAAUUAUGGCAUUAUAUAAUCACGCUAAAUAUGAUUAAUGAUAUGUUGUAUGUAGGGUUUUUGUGGACGCUGAAUCGAAAUACGUGCUUGAAAAACAAUUUUGAAUAACCAGUCUGGUGGAAAUCCAAUAUAGCUGUCAAAAAUCCAAAGGCAGAUUAAAGGCCUUUGAUAUUCUCGUGGCUUCAUUUAUCAAAAGUAUAAAAGAACCGAUUCUUUUAAUUCUGACCUUUUUCAUUAAUCACUUUGUAAAUAAUUUCACAAUGUAUAUAUAACAUGUAAUUGACAUUAUCUGCUAUAUCACCUUAAAUAAAGCUAUUUCACACACAUAAUUCUGGCCUGUACAACUCGAAAAACUGCAAAAGAUUCAAAACUCAGCUGCUCGCCUUAUUUAUAGAACAUUAUACAGGGAUCAUAUCACACCCAUUCUAUAUGAACUACACUGGCUUCCUGGGAUUUUUAGAUUUGAAUAUAAGAUUUUAUUAUUAGGCUAGUUUUAAAAUGUAUAAAUAACAUUGCACCUGCUUAUCUUAGUAAUCUUUUAUGUUUUUAUAAACCUCGUCAACAAUUACAGUCGUCCAGUGACAAUCUGCUCCUAAUUGAAAAAAAUUCUAAUCUUUCUCAUUAUUGUCCCCCCGCCUUGAUGGAGUUCGAGGAUGAGCAUUUUCUGAUUAGGGUAAGCAGAGAUAAGCAAUUUGAUUGGUUGAUGCUUUGAGACAAGAUAACUUUAGUUCCAAUUAAGUGAGGGUGAUGAAACUUGGUGUAUAGUUUCAUUACAUCAAUACCUUGACUAAGUUCGAUAAUGAGCUUUUUCUGGUCAGGGUAAGCAGAGCGAUAAGCAAUUUGAUUGGCCGAGACUUUGGAAUACAAUAACUCUGCGUAGGUAUCUAUAAGGUGAAUGCCUUGAUGGACUUCGAAGAUGAGAAUCUUCUGCUUAGGGUAAGCUGAGAUAAGCAAUUUGAUUGGUUGAUGCUUUGGGACACAAUAACUUUAGUUCUAAUUAAGUGAGAGUGAGGACACUUGGUGUAUAGCUUUAUUACAUCAAUACCUUGACUAAGUUCGAUAAUGAAUAUUUUCUGCUGAGGGUGAGCAAUUUGAUUGGUCGAGACUUUGGAACACAAUAACUCUCCUAAUUGAGGUAGAAUGUUCAAACUUGGUGUAGUCAUUCAUUAGGCGAAUGCCUUGAUGGAGUUUGAUGAUGAACAUUGUCUGCUUACGGUAACCGUAGAUAAGCAAUCUGAUUGGUUUAUGCUUUGGGGCACGAUAACUUUGGUUAUAAUGAAGUGAGAGCGAUGAAACUCCGAAUAUAGAUUCAUUAUAUCAUUACCUUGACUAAGUUCGACUAAAUUUUCUGCUUAGGCUAAGGAGCGAUAAGCAAUUUGAUUGGUCAAGACUUUGGUACAUAACAACUCUGCUUUUAAUUGAGGUAGAAUGUUUAAACUUGAUGUAGAUGUUCAUUAGGUGAAUUUCUUGACUGAGUUCAGUGAUUAAACAUUUCAAGCUGAAGCUAAGCAGAGCUAAUCAAUUUCAUUGGUCGAUGCUUUGGGACAAGAUAACUUUGAUUCUAUCCGAUAGAGAGUGAUGAAUCUAAGUGUAUAGUUGAUAAUCAGUUUGAUUGCUUGAUACCUUUGAAAAAAAUAAAUGUGCUAUUAAUUAAUAUGUGUCAUCUAUUUAAUUUGGGAUUUCGUCAGUUGACAUCAGCCUCACUGUUGGCUUGUUCACCUUAUAAUGACCUCAGGGAAUAUUGUACUUGAUGUCAUUAUUGAUGCUUAUCUAAGUUAUCUAUUCAGAUCAACCUGUUCAGAAGAAUGUAUAUUGUACAAUAAAUGUAAAACAACUAA